AGCCAUCAUGGAGCUCAGCACAGUCCUGUCUCUUGUUCUGGUCCUGUUGGGCUACCUAUGGUGGAAGGUGACUCGCCCAAAGUCCUUCCCUCCAGGUCCCCUGGCUCUGCCCCUCUUUGGAAAUAUAUUGCAGAUGGACUUCAACAAUCCCCUUCAGGGUAUGAAGGAGCUCUCCAGGGUGUACGGCACUGUGUACAGCAUAUAUUUGGGAUCCAUGCCGGCUGUGGUGGUCCGAGGAUUCAAAGCUCUCAAAGAGAUCCUUAUGACCAGAGGUGUGGAAUUUGCAGACAGACCACAGGGCAGAAUUAUGCGCCUACUCUCUAACGAAAAAGGUUUGGUGCUGGCUCCUUAUGGCCAGGCAUGGAAGGAGCACAGACGGUUCACUCUGUCUACACUGCGGAAUUUUGGUCUGGGCAAAAAGUCCAUGGAGGAGAGGAUUUCCGAGGAGAGCUCCUAUUUAAUACAGGAAUUUGAAAAGAACAAAGAUACACUUAUAGAUCCACAUUUUGCCAUCGAUAAUGCUGUGUCCAACAUUAUCUGUUCCAUUGUGUUUGGGAGACGCUAUGAUUAUGAUGACCCCACUUUCCGAGAUGUUGUUAACCUUGUCCAUGAAAAUAUGAGGAUGGUCACUGGUAUUUGGGCUCAGCUGUAUAAUGCAUUUGGAUUCAUCCACUAUCUCCCUUUGCCACACCGGAAGAUUUUAAGAAAUGUGGAUACAGUUUUUGGAUUCCUUGGGAAUGUGUUAGAGGAGCACAGGAAAUCAAGACAGCCAGGAGAACCUCGAGACUACAUUGACUGUUAUCUGGAUGAGCUAGACAAGGAAGAACAGCAUAAUGGUAAAAAAACCUUUGACAUUCGGAACCUGUUUACUUGCAUGGUAGAUCUGUUUGUGGCUGGAACUGAGACUACAUCUGCUACCCUAGAGUGGUGUCUGCUUUACAUGAUGGCGUUUCCAGAUGUACAAGAGAAAUGUCAAAAUGAAAUAGACAAAGUUCGGGGAGACAGAGAGCGGCUUAAUUAUGAGGAUCGAGUGAGCAUGCCGUACACGCAGGCUGUCCUACAGGAGGUACAACGAUUUGCAAGUGUUGCGCCUCUAGGAAUAUCUCAUGCGCCACUAGAGGAUGAACAACUGAAUGGCUUUACCAUCCCAAAGGGAACACUCAUUAUCACAGAUCUGUCAUCUCUUAAUUAUGAUGAGACUUAUUGGAAAUAUCCACAUGAGUUUAAUCCAGAGAACUUCCUGAACAAUGAUGGGGAAUUGAUCAAAGCAGAAGCCUUCUUACCCUUCUCUGCAGGGCCGCGGGUCUGUCUUGGAGAAAAUCUUGCUCGUAUGGAAAUAUUCCUCUUUUUUACCACUCUCCUUACCUACUUUGAGUUCCAGUGGCCAGACCCAGCAUUACCCCCAGACCUCACACCAGUAUUUGGGAUCACUCAAGCCCCAAAACAUUUCAAGAUGCGUUUGGUUUCACGGAAAUAAAUGUAACCUUGGUCUUAACCUUGGUGUUCUAAAGAGUCAUUUUAAGCACCAUACUAACGUUGGAUACCUGCAAAGGUUAUAGUAUAGAAUUCUUAAAGCAGCUCUCUCACCAAAUAUAAACUUCAUCUGAUCUUCUUUUGUAUUGCCCCCAGUGUCUGAAUCAAGUGGUCAAAGAAAAAUAAGACCCACUUUUUCUUAUAUCCAUAAUAUAAAAAAAGACAAGUUGUAAGGAAAGACGUAUAAUCUUUAAGAUACAGAGGGCUUAAGGAAAGAAAAUUCAAAAGGGGGAAAAAAAUGAUAUGGCUGCUUUAAGAGUGGCACACACUCAGAACUUUCAGCAAGGCAGCCCAGACCAAGAGUUCAGGUUGCCUAAAUUCAUUUUGUUCAUGUUUUGCUUGCAGCAUUUGUAUCAGUGAGGUCGAGCCUUGUUUGUCAUGAAAGGAUGAAAAAAAAAAAAUCAUGCUUAUCUGUAGCACCAAAUCCACCGACUAGCUCAGCCAACCCACUGAUGCA